AUGUUAUGGGUAUUGUUGUGCACGCAUUGUCGCCAAAAGACCUGUCAUCAAAGCCAAACACCAAAAAUUUGGUUAUCGUCAAUGCCGAGAAUAAACCUAUGAUUUUAACAUUGUGGAAUGAGUACGCACAUCAAGAGGGUGAACAGUUAGCAAAUACAGUUCCUACUGGGAAUAUUGUCAUUGCAAUGAGAGUCAGAGUAACAACUUUUAAUCUUCUGUCGUUGACAACAACUUACGGCAGCAACAUAAUGAUUAAUCCUCCCAUGGCAGAAGCUGCUGCUCUAAAACAGUGGUACCUUGAACAUAAAGAAGAAGUUGCCCAUCUACUGGAACAAAAAGCCUAUACAGACCCGGAAUUUCUCUUGCCGCCGCCAAAUGAAUCCGAGAUUUUGUCUGUACAAUCUGCCCUGAAGAAUUUGCACAUUUUGAAAACCGCCUGGGUUCGAGGAAAGGCAGUUCUUACGCAUGGGCAAACAUCUUACUGGUUCACUGCUUGUCAAAAUUGUAAGAAAAGUCUAAAGGCUCAAAUUGGAUGGACAGUCACAUGCAUUCAUUGCAACAUAGAAGGACCAGUUGAACCUCGGUGUAGGUUCACUUUGGGAAUUGAAGAUAACAGUGGGCUUAUACAAGCUGUCAUUAGUGGUCCAGAGGCAGAACAAUUACUUCCACUAACAGCAGCCCAAAUGAGCUUGAACAAAAACCAA